GUUCUUGGGCCUUCGAUUGCACUAUUGGGCUUUCCUUUGCCAUGGGCUCUACAGAAACUAUAUAGGCUUUCCACUGGAUGAAAAUGGCGGGCUCCAACAACCCAAUUACUGAAUUACUCCCACUCUAUAACGAAACGAAAAGAAACUCGCCAAAACCCUAGACUUCCCUCAGCAGCUGCAGAGUACAAUUAAGCAAAUUCCUCGUCUUCUGACUUCCCUCUCGCCGCGGCGGAGCUCCGGAAAAUGGCAGGAGAAGCAGAAGCUGUUGAAACGACGGAGAAAGAUAUGGAAGAACAGAUGGAAGUAGUAGAAGAUGAGUUGGAAGAAGAAGAGGUGGAAGAAGAGACUGGAGAAGGAGAAGAAGCACCGAAAUCUAGAGACAUCCGACGAUACUUCUGCAAAUACUGCGGAAUUUGCCGAUCCAAGAAGGCUCUCAUAGCGUGUCACGUCCUUUCGCAUCACAAGGAAGAGAUGAGCGAGAAUGAUGGAGACGGAGAAGGGAAAGAGGACAAAUCCAAUACUUGUGAAGAAUGCGGUGCUAGUUUCAGGAAGCCGGCGUAUCUGAAACAGCAUCUAAGGAGUCACUCGCUUGAGGAAAUUUAUGCUCUGUUGUUUUAAGUAAUUAAGACGACCUGAUUGUUGCGGCGUGAAAGCAUUGGAUCCCAUAUUACAGAACUCCAAAAUGCUAGAGCCGACUUUGUUGGACUAGUAUCAGGGUGGGAGACCUCCUGAGAAGCUCCAUCAAGGCGAAAGCCUCAAAUCACGCUCUGGAUAUACCGAGAGGCCAUUUAGGUGUACGGUGGAUGAUUGUCAUUCAAGUUACCGGAGAAAAGAUCAUCUGAUUCGGCAUUCCCUUAAGCACGAAGGGAAGCUUUUUAAGUGUCCUAUUGAGAGUUGCAGCAAGGAGUUCAUGUAUCAAGGCAAUGUGAAGAGGCAUGUUGAAGGUAUGCACAUUGAAUCAUCCAAUGAUACCGGAGGGGAAAAACAAUGUGUUUGCAAGGAGCCUGGUUGUGGGAAGGCCUUCAAAUUUCCAUCAAAGCUUCAAAAGCAUCAAUAUUCUCAUGUGAAGCUAGAUUCCGUUGAAGCCAUGUGCUUAGAACUGGGCUGCAACAAGCAUUUCUCCAAUGAAAAAUGCCUGAGAGCCCACAUUCAGACAGCCCACAGGUACAUGAAUUGUGUGAUUUGUGGUUCGAAACAACUAAGGAAGAACAGCAAGAGACAUCUGAGAACCCAUGAAGCAGGCAGCGAGACUACAGAGCGGGUUGCGUGUCACCAUGAUGGCUGUAGCCUCACGUUUUCAUCUAAAACAAAUCUCAACCAGCAUGUUAAGGCUGUCCAUCUUCACGUCAAGCCUUAUGGCUGCAGUUUCCCUGGCUGCGGCAAGAGAUUCUCCUACAAACAUGUUCGUGAUAAUCACGAGAAAUCCGGGUGCCAUGUCUACUCUUGCGGUGAUUUUCAGGAAUCCGACGAGCAGUUCCGAUCUAGACCUAGAGGUGGGGUGAAGAGGAAAUGUCCGACUGUCGAGAUGCUGUUGACACGGAAGAGGGUUUCUCUGCCACCGAUCUUUGACUAGCUUUUGGUCCCGUUGGAAGAUCUGAAGAUGAUGAGUGUUUGUAAAUUUUUUUUUCAACUAGUUAGUGUAUAUGGGUGAGGUAUAUGUAUGUAAUUGUUGACGUAUGGUAUAAUAAUACUGACUACUGAGUUUUAACUUUAGCCUUGACAAUUAAACAGCAUACAUGCUUCUUUUCGGUGGUUGAUCUCAAAGCAGUGGUAAAGGAAAUGCAUCAUAUUUUGUGAACAGAUGCUCAUCAAUUUCUCUUGGUGCUUGAUCGUUUCUAUUAAUUAAACGCUAAAACUAAACAUUGUCAAUCUGUCUGCCUUACUUCAUCUCUAUGACAUGAUGCUUAUCUCGUUAGCACCUGAUUCGAACCCAAAUUUCGAGACUUGAAACUUGGACAUGAACUAAAUUAACAACUUCAAUUGCGCGUACAAGCU